AUGGGAACAGCCACCGGAGCGGGGAAUUCCACCGGGGUGACCUGGUGGGCCAUGAUGAACGGUUCCCUCUACGAGGACAGCCCGCCACCGGUCCCACCGACAGCCUCCAGCCUCGUAUCGAUCCAGCAACAACAACAGCAAGCAACCUCGACGCCGGCUUCGCACCAGCAAGCAACGACACCGACCUCACCGGCAGCACCGGCUCCAUCGGCUACGUCGGCGACACCCGCGCAAACCGCGAGCGCCAGCUCGACCUCGCCGAGCGCGUCGUCCGUGGCGAGCAACAGCGCGCCAGGACCUCUCCAUAUACCGGCGAAGCGUUUGACCGGCACGCCAGCCGGUUCCACUUACGGGGAAGUCGGCUGCGUGGAGUCGAACCCGGCGCCUGCUGCCGGACCAGCAGGCGUCAUUCGUCAUUCCCAUUCCUCGUCCGCUGGAUCUCAAGGCGGCUGGAGCUACAGCCCUCAUCAUCCCCAGGACUCGCACUACUCGUCGGCCGCGGCUGACUCCCUGAACCAUCACCAAACAUACGGGGGCAAUAACCCCCCGACGUAUUACAAUCUGGCGGCCGACCCUACCUCCACUUCCGGCUCCUCCAGGGACAACCGGAAGGCCGGCGCGCUGAGCUUUUGGUCGCCCGCGACUGCUGGUUCCGCGGCCAGCGCCGGAUCCGCUUCUGAUUACAAGAAUUUCAACUCGGCCGGUGUCGCCACGACCAGUUCCUCGACCGGAGGAUCCUCUUCGGUCACCGGUGCCGCGGAUCCUGCCGUCUCCUCCUGUCACCAGAGCUUCUCGCAGAGCUGGUGUAAUUACGCGCCGUACACGACCGCCAGGCAUCACCACCCGGUCGACACGGCCGGGCAUCAUCAUCCUCACUCGCAAGCCGGUGUUCCGUACUUAACGCCGUCCGCGGCGGACGACCGGGGAAGGGUCACCGCUGCCAUGGUCGCGGCCGAGGGUGCUUUUCCUCACGACGGUUACGGCGGCCUCAGGAAUUACGGGGCACCCGAGCCUGUCACCUCCAGCCCGUAUCCACCUCCAGGUUCCCUGGCCGGGGGAACGGUCGGCGUUGGCAUUGGGGUCGCAGGGAUUGGAGUCGGUUGCGGCAGUACGAACAUGGAUUGGACCGGGCAGGUGACGGUGCGGAAGAAACGCAAGCCGUACUCGAAGUUCCAGACCCUCGAGCUCGAGAAGGAGUUCCUCUACAACGCGUACGUCUCGAAGCAGAAGCGGUGGGAGCUGGCGCGCAACUUGAACCUGACCGAGCGCCAAGUUAAGAUAUGGUUCCAAAACCGGCGGAUGAAGAACAAGAAGAACAGCCAGCGGCAGCAGCAGAAUAACAAUAAUAAUAGCAGCGCGAACAACGCGAAUCAUCACGCGGCGACUGGGAGUCAUCAUCAUCCGAGCGCGGGUCACGCGCAGCCCUCGAGCCACCACGUGGUCGCGCAGGCGCACCACGCGAACGGUUCAGCGAAGCAUCAUCACGGUGGGACUGGUACCGGAAACGGGAACGCGAACCUGGCUACGACGGGUCACGCGAUUCAAUCCCAGACGUCUCUGCCAUCCGCGGGUGCGUCGAGCACCGUCACCCCACCCACCGCUGUCGUUCAUCCGCAUAUUCAUUCGCAUGCCCAUCACCAUCAUCAUCAUCAUCAUCAACAACUGGCGCACGUGGCUCAGCAGUACCCCGCGCUUCUUCAUCAGUCGCCUCAUGGCCUGGCCGCCUGA